AUCAGGCGGUGGUACGGGCAGCCCAGGAAAGCCGCCUCCGCGCACAGGCGAGGGGGUCCUUCGCAGGGUGUCUUCUGUCAGGUCCGACGUUCGCCCGCAGCAGAGGAGACGCUGAGAUUUCACAAUGACCUCCAUCUUGACUUGCACCUUUAAAAGCCUUCCCAGAACAUCAGAAUGGGCCCUGAGAUUUUCAAUAAGACAACUGAGUUGUUCUUCCCAGCUGCGAUCUGCCCCAGCUGUCGAGACCAAAUCAAAGAAGACUUUAGCCAAACCCAAUGUAAGGAAUAUUGUGGUGGUAGAAGGUGUUCGCACACCAUUUCUGCUGUCGGGCACAUCAUACAAAGACCUGAUGCCACACGAUUUGGCUAGAGCAGCACUUUCGGGGUUGUUGCAUCGAACCAAGAUCCCAAAGGAAGUUGUGGAUUAUAUUAUUUUUGGCACAGUUAUACAGGAAGUCAAAACAAGCAAUGUGGCUCGAGAGGCUGCCCUUGGAGCUGGGUUCUCAGACAAAACCCCUGCUCACACUGUCACCAUGGCCUGCAUCUCCGCCAACCAAGCCAUGACUACAGGUGUGGGGCUGAUUGCUUCUGGGCAGUACGAUGUGAUCGUGGCAGGCGGUGUGGAGUUGAUGUCUGAUGUUCCUAUUCGCCAUUCGAGGAAAAUGAGGAAGAUGAUGCUUGAUCUCAAUAAAGCCAAGACUCUGGGCCAGAGACUCUCUUUACUCUCCAAGUUCAGGUUGAAUUUCCUAUCACCUGAGCUCCCUGCAGUAGCUGAGUUCUCCACCAAUGAGACCAUGGGCCACUCUGCAGACCGGCUGGCUGCUGCCUUUUCUGUUUCGAGAACGGAACAGGAUGAGUAUGCUCUGCGCUCACACAACCUGGCCAAGAAGGCCCAAGAUGAGGGGCUGCUUUCUGAUGUUGUGCCCUUCAAAGUGCCAGGAAAAGAUACAGUUACCAAAGAUAAUGGCAUUCGUCCUUCCUCCCUGGAGCAGAUGGCCAAACUCAAGCCUGCAUUCAUCAAGCCCUAUGGCACUGUGACAGCUGCCAAUUCUUCUUUCCUGACUGAUGGUGCAUCAGCAAUGCUGAUUAUGUCGGAGGAGAAAGCCCUGGCCAUGGGUUACAAACCCAAGGCUUAUUUAAGGGAUUUUGUGUAUGUGUCUCAGGAUCCAAAAGAUCAACUCUUACUUGGACCUACGUAUGCAACUCCAAAAGUUCUAGAAAAGGCAGGGUUAACAAUGAAAGAUAUUGAUGCUUUUGAAUUUCACGAAGCUUUCUCAGGUCAGAUUUUGGCUAAUUUUAAAGCGAUGGAUUCUGAUUGGUUUGCACAAAACUACAUGGGGAGAAAAACCAAGGUUGGAUUGCCUCCACUGGAUAAGUUCAACAACUGGGGCGGGUCACUGUCCCUGGGACACCCGUUUGGAGCCACUGGUUGCCGGCUGGUCAUGGCAGCUGCUAACAGAUUACGGAAGGAUGGAGGCCAGUAUGGUUUGGUGGCUGCCUGUGCAGCAGGUGGGCAGGGCCAUGCCAUGAUAGUAGAAGCUUACCCGAAAUAAGUCAAGAAGAGGGGACUGGGAGUUUCUGCACAGCAAUUACGACGGGCGGUGCCAUAUCAAUUUACUAAGUGACAGCUUCUAAGUGUCCUUCUGCACUUCUCUAGGAAAACAAAACUUGUGGCCUUCUAUUAAAUUCUUUGCAAUUCAGUGUUACCAGUAUACUGAGCUCUUCAGUAAUCCUAGUUUAUGUCCUUUCAGGGACUUCUUACUCACCAAGUCUCACACAGCUAUAAGUUUAAGUGACUGUUCUACGUCUCUGUUCUAAAGGACUACUUGAGUAUGAGUUUGGAGAGUUUAGCUGAGGGUUGGAACCAUCUUUGUGACAUGUCUUACUUGUGUCCUAAGGAUUAGUUGUUUUUGCUAUAAAAUGCAAACCAACGUGCCUAAAAUAACCAAAUUAUGAGAAGAUAAUUUAGUUUAAACAGCAUUGAAAACUUACAGUAAUUGUUUAGAUACAUAAAUGCCAUGCUGAAUAAUCUUAAUAAAGUGGAGAAGUAUUGGAGAA